AUGGUUACCACAACUAUCGACCACAACCCUCUGGACCCCAACUUCGCGAAACGCCGCAGCUCUCUUGGACAUAUGGACGAGCCACAAAAAGCACAGCAUGAUGUCAAGGAGCUGACGGACCGAAAUGUUGCUCCAUCACCUCACGCUAUGUGUUCCGAGCUCGCACAUCAACACGCCCUUGAUGAUCUUCAUAAGAACACCGAACACUGGUCGAACCAGGAAGUGGAUCAGAGAGGCUUCCUAUCUGAUUUAAGUGCCGAUCGUGGACUCCAAGCACACCCCGAACAGCUGGGAGAGUGA